AUGUACGCGCCACGAUCUGAAUCGCGAACGCGACACGAUCCAGAGGUGAACCUGGCGCGAUUUGGAUCGCGAAUGUGUAGCGAUUACGAAUCCGAAUUGGUUGAUAAAUAUCAUCAAUUGCGUGAAACUACAAAACAUUUAGACAAGAUUUAUGGCAAAUAUGAUUUACAUGAUGCUAUAAAAGAAAAACGACAACUAAUAGAACAAAUAAAAUUGAGAGACAGAGAAAUGGAACAGUUAUCAGAAUUUGUAUCCAAAAGUGAAUUAGAAUUGAACGAAGUUACGAAUAUUGAAUGUUUAGAAGAGGAGUGUUUAAAACUGAAAGAAAAUUGUCUUCAAUUAGGUGAACAAGUUGUUGCAUGUACUGUUGGAUUAGGUUUAACGAGUUUGCUUGAAACACAAUCAUUAGCUGGUCGAUAUGACGUAGCAUUAUUUAUUAAACGUGAAAAUGAUGUAUUAAGAAAUGAAUUACAUAAUUCGAAACAAGAAAUGAUGAAAGCAAAUAUCAAUUUAAAGUUAAUUUUAGAAAAAUAUGAAAAGCUUCAACGUGAUGUGGAACUCUUAGAACAUAUGGUUGCUACUCCUUUAGCAUUUCAACUAUUGCAAUUACCUGAUGAUUUAACAUGUUCAAGUAGAGAUAUUAUAUCAUGUUUAAAUGAAUAUUUGGUCGAUCCUUUAGCUGAAUUAGCUUCUCAACGUGAAAUGAAUAAAGAAUUAGAAGAUGGAAAUCACAAAAAAGUGAAAUCACAAAAAUAG